UUUUCUCGAGCCAAACUUGAAAUAUAAUGCAGUGUACUUCAUAGUUAACGACAGCUUGGGUGAAUGUCCAGCUUUAAAAAAAAAAAAAAAAGAGGGGCUUCUGCGGAUAAGUGUUAGCGAAGGGAAUUUACAAGUGAAGCUGACAUUACCUCAGUGUAGGUGGUGACUCGAGUUUUCUGUUUGCGGCAACAGCUGGCUGCCAACUCAGAAGAAAGUACAGAGGUUUGGGGCAGAAUCCAUAAUGUCCUACACUGUAGCUGAAACUACAAGACCUCUGGCCUGUGUGUCUAGGACCCCUCUAGCCAACAAUCACUGCAACUUUCUUCCAAUGGGACGAAAUAAGACUCAUCCUCAACGCCUGCACAAUCAGGGAUGGACAGAUGAAAACUAAAAGGCCCAGAAGUGGCCUUUAUUUAAACACUAUUAUUUAAUUUUGUUCAGUUAAGGGACAUGAAAAUAAACCCAACCUUAACUGUUUCCUCUCAGAAGUUUACUUCUGCCACAUGAAAAAAAAUGCCUUUAAACAUUCGAGCAAAGCCAGCACAGGCCAAGCUGUCUGCUGCCUCAAAGAGCGGGGGGCACACAGAUGGCAACACAUCUCAUUCACGCUUUUCCAGAUCCCCCAAACAAGGGAAGGGUAAACAGGCUACGAGUUCUGCACCAGGCUUUCGAUCUGGGCUGGAACCUGGCUCUGUGUCUGGGGGUGUGCCUGCGCCAGCGUCAAAACCGGCUGGAGGUCAAUGCUCGGUCUCCAGACCAGGUUCAAAGACCAAACCUAGCUCGUCAACAGAUAAAGGAGUAACUCAUGGUUCAGCAACAGCUCCGGGGGGUAAAACCCUGUCCAUGGAGAACAUCCAGUCGUUGAGUGCUGCCUAUGCCACUUCAGGCACCAUGUACCCUCAUGAGCGGGAUUCCUUGGAACCCUCUGGUGGGUACCCCAAGGGUACCAUGACACUGGGCAGAAGCACAAGUCGCUCCUCUUACACUAAUCGGACAACGGCUAUGGGAAGCAGCCCAAACAUCACCUCUUAUGGUCCGUCAGACCCCUAUGGAGACCAAACCUUGCAUCCUGCAGGGAGUUCCAGUUUGCGGAAUCAGUCUGGAAGGCAUCCCCAGGCACCAGACUCCGCUGGACGUGGGGAGGUCUCAACGUUUGAUCUACAGUCUCAGCUUAGGGAGCUUCAGAGGGAGAAUGACAACCUGAGAAAAGAACUGGAUGGUGGAAGGGAAGGAAGGAUGGGCCACAGUAUGAACAAUGUGAACUUCUGGAGCCCAGAUGUGAAAAGAGACAAGGGGGUAAGGCAAGAGGAGGGAGGAAGGACCUCUGUUCUGAGGGACCAGUACAGGACUAACCAAGAUGAUGCACAGCCUGGGGAUGUCAGAAGGAACAAGCAGAUUCCAUUGACAGUUCAGGAACUUCAGGAGGAGUUGAGGGCUCACAGGGAGAUGAACAGUCGCUUACAGCAACAACGACAGCAGGGUAACUCUGGCUCCUACCGAGAACUCCAUACAGACCAGGACCACAGAGGGGGGCUAAGCCCUGGCCACAGUCCCAGACAAAGCCCAAGCAACCUUCACAGCCCUGUGCAAAAGAACAGCUUGAGAGCCAGCCCAUCCAACACCUACAAUCCAAGGCAACAGGAAGCUGAUGUCAUCAUUCACAGCCCCGGUUAUGGCUGUAACGCUGCUGUAGCUGUGCAGAGAAUCAGUCCUGCCAACACCCUUCAGCCCGGGCCGAGGAAGAGCCCAAGUCAGCCUCUCUACAGUCAAGGUCCCCAAUUAGCACCAAGCGCAAGCUCACUUCGGCCCUGCAGCCCUUGCCAGGUACCCGGAUGUGACGGCUUCUCCUCAACUCCUCCUGUUGAUCCAUCAGAGGAAAAUUUCUUCAGGCUGCAGUCUGAGCACGAGCGGCAGGCUAAAGAGCUUUACCUGUUGAGGAAGACCAUGGAGGAGAUGGAGAUGAGAAUCGACUCUCAGAAGCAGACGCUGGGUGCAAGGGAUGAGAGCAUCCAGAGGCUGCUGGAGAUGCUUCAAGGCCAAGGUCAGAGUCAGGGACCCUGGGGUCGGGGACAGCGGACGGGCAUAAUCACCAUGGCGGCACAGGAAGCUGAAGCCCAGCUGGAGAACAUGCAUGUGAGAGAGGACACCAAGAUCUCUUCCCUGGAGAGGAACAUGAGAGACUUAGAGGAUGAGGUCCAGAUGUUAAGGACCAGCGGCCUUAUCCACCCUGAUGACAGACAGGAUGAGCUCAAGCAGGUGGAUGUCUACAAGAGCCAUUCCAAAUUCAUGAAGACAAAGAUAGAGCAGCUGAAGCAGGAGCAGACCAGGAAGGAGACAGAGAUGCAGGCCCUGCAGACCAAACUAGAAACCCUGACCAAUCAGAACUCGGACUGCAAGCAACACAUUGAGGUGCUGAAGGAGUCGCUCAGCGCCAAGGAGCAACGCGCCAAUACAUUACAGACAGAGGUAGAUGCUCUGCGUGUGCGCCUUGAAGAGAAGGAGCAGUUUCUGACCAAGAAGACCAAACAGCUGCAGGACCUGACUGACGAAAAGAGCACGCUCACAGGAGAGAUCAGAGACAUGAAGGACAUGCUGGAUGUCAAGGAGAGGAAGGUUAAUGUCCUGCAGAAGAAGAUCGAGAACCUGUUGGAGCAGUUGAAGGAUAAGGACAAACAGCUGGCUGGGUUGAGGGAAAGGGUCCAAGGCCUUCAAACUGACUCAAGCAACACAGACACAGCCCUGGCCACACUGGAGGAAGCCCUCUCAGAAAAGGAGCGAGUGAUUGAGAAUUUGCGUGAGCAAAAGGAGCGGGAGGACAGGGUCCACCUGGAGGAGCUGGAUCAGAUGAGGAGAGAGAAUCAGGAAUUAAAGGACAAACUUUCAGCCCUGCAGCCCCAGAAAAUGUCCCUGAGUCAACCUGUCAACCGCAGCCCGACGCCGAACCAGAGGCCUGACGGAGAGGUUCCAGCAAAAGUAGAUGGGCUACCAGCAGGAAGCCCCACGACCCAAAACAUGGAAGAAGCAUUAAGGAAAUGUCCAGACAUCACAGAUCGCCUGAGGCUCCUGGAGCAGGAGGUUGCCCGCAACAGAGAGGAAUCAGGGAAGUCACAAGCAGAGGUGGAAAGGCUAAUGGCAGCUCUGCGAGAUGCUGAGACGGACAAAUCGUGCAAGGAGAAGAAAAUUGCUGAUCUUGAGAGCAUCUGCAGACCAGGGCAAAUCAGGUCUCCGAACAUCCAGAAGCAAAUAGUGCCGGGCGAGAUGAGGAAAGACGUAAUGAUUGAUGGACAUCCACACUCUUUGUCACAGUUGGAGGAACUGAUGGGGGCUUUGGAGAAGACCCGCCAAGAGCUCGACACCACCAAACUGCACCUGUCCUCCACUCAGCAGUCCUUGCAUGAAAGAGACGGACACCUUAAUAGUCUACGCCAGGAGAGACGCAAGCAGCUGGAGGAGAUUCUGGAGAUGAAGCAGCAGGCUUUGCUGGCAGCCAUCAGUGAGAAGGAUGCUAACAUAGCCCUGCUGGAGUUGUCCUCCUCCAAACGGAAGAAAUCCCAGGAGGAAGUGAUUGCUCUGAAGAGGGAGAAAGACAGGCUAAUGCAUCAGCUCAAACAGCAGACUCAAAGCAGAAUGAAGCUGAUAGCAGAUAACUAUGAGGAAGAUCACAUGCAUCCACAACAUCAUCCUCAUCACUCUCACCACUUGCAUCCAGCAAACAUGCAUCAUCGAAGUCUGCCAAGAGGGCCCCCCCAUGCCAACCACCGGCCCCCUAUUGACCAGGAUGACGAAGAGGGAAUAUGGGCAUGAUGACCAUCAUGAUGGAAAUCCUGCAUCCAUUCGUCCACACUGCUUGUAGAGCCAGGUACCAAGAUGUUCAACAGCUACGAACUCAAGUGCACACAGUCAAGCAGCCCAAAUCUCCCCACCAUCUUGGCAAUCAGACUAUAUAUAAACUGAUAUACACAUCCUCCAGGACCCAGCAUUUCAAUGUAAUGUGGUCAAGUAUAGCCAGUCACAAAUUCUCCAUCUUACCAAUGAAUGUCUCCUUCACUGACAAACACAUUGGCUCUCUGAGUACUUAAGCCCAUUGUGGGUGAAUGUCCCUCAGCAGAGCAUCAGUCAUCAGCGUGGAGCUUCAAGGUAUUGGCAAGCGGUCCACUGCCUUCAUUUCCCUGCAUGUUUUCAAUAGACUGGGAGCUGGAUUCAUUUACAGUACUGCAGUGCUACAGAGUUCUGGCUCCAUAUCAAGCGACAAUCACUCCACCGCUGUCGACUACCAGUGUGGCUAAGCUGAGCCAGUGGAACUAACCGUAAACCCAUGCCAAUCCUGGACUGGUUUAUGAUGGCAUGAAUGUGUUUACAUCUGCAGCUAAACAGUGAACUGCUGUAAAUAUCACAACAUGGACCUCAAAAUCUACAAUCCACAGAGACCUUCUCAAUGUACCGUGCCAAAGGAGACAACCCUGUCUGCUGAAACAAAUUACUGCAAUGGGACUGCGUCUGAAUUGUUUGGACUAUUCAGUCAACUGACGGUCUCCCAGUUCCUGCGGAGAGAUCAACAAGAAAAGUGAAUUUGGGCUUUAAGAUGCCCCACAAAAAACAGUUUGAGGCUCAGCUUACAUCUUCUCUAAAAAAAACAUCAGGACCUUUAUUAAAAUGGACGGAAACUCAGCUGACCUCGAAAUCAGCCAGCUUACUGUAAGAAAAGUCUGUUUUUACGUUUCUCCUUGUGUUCUUUUAGCCUGCUGUGCAUUUGUUUAAUGAACCAAUAUCAUGUUCUGUUUGCUUUUCUACUCUAACAGUCUCGAGUGCCACUUUUUUUUUUUUUUUUUUUUUUUUUUAGCUGUGUGUGACUUCUUAUGCUGACGAUGAUGUAUUAUAUUGUCUAUUUAUUGUUCCUGUGAAUUUGAGUGGCUAAUCUGUUUAUAAUGAAGUGACUUGCAUUUUAAAGCACUGUACUGAAGAUUGACCUGAGGUGACACUUAUAAGGUACAGUAUUGUUGUGUUUUCAUUUAACUGAAACAUUUCAACAAUGUUUCCAUGUGGCCCUAACCUAACAUGUACAGUUUUUGUACAGUGUGUGUGUGUGUGUGUGUGUGUGUGUGUGUGUGUGUGUGUGUGUGGUUUCAUGACACUCUCAUGACUGCGGGGUUAACAGCCUUGACUUCUUCCACAGUGUUCUGCAGCGGUCAGCUCGUUUCUGUUUGA